AUGUGGUACCCCAAUAAGCUAAAUCCCUUCAAUUUUCUUAUAUUUGUUUCAUUAAUCCAUUGGAUUAGAGGGGAACUUGCGGACCUUAAGGAAGAAAUUACAGGAGUGGGAAGUGAAAAGAAUGAUACGACUACUGUUACAUUUGCUACUACCGAUGAAGAAAUCUUAGAUAAAAAAAUUAAAUCACAUGAACUUUCUGUGAAAGAAAGAAAACCUGAAGCUGAAAACAAUUUGCCUAGAAGAACAAGAGACAUUGAGCUCGUUUCGCUGUACAGUAAUCAUUUAGAAAUAGGAACAACUUCUAUGAGAGCAAAAGUUACUUUUUCACCGUCUCCAACAUCGACACUAGAUUGUUAUUAUUGUUCAGCUAGUAGUAGUUCUUCUAUUGAUGAUCCUUGUUAUGAAGGCGACCGUGAAUUUGACGAACUGUAUUGCAAAUCAUGUGACAUGGCAAUAACAGGAGAUGCGGCCGAAAACGACAAAUGCUUAAAAGGGAAACAGAUACCAUCAAUGGUGUGUGAGAAUGAUCGUGAUAAAUGUUAUUCACUGCACACUCCCUUCGGCAUCGUAGAUCGUGGAUGUUUUGAUAUCCAAAAAAAUGUAUCCGUGUACGUUUGUUCCUGCAAUCACUGCAAUUCAAAGUCUAUUAAUGAUAUGCCCGUUAUGUUCGACACAAAACAAGAUUGGAUCAAAAAUGUUAUUGAUUUGUCAUAUUUGAGACGAUUGAAAAGGUCCAUACUCAAAGAAAUAUCUUGUUUACACUGCGAAGUUCAGACGGCUCAGCAUUCUGAUAGAGAAUCAGCUGACUGUGUAGAUGGCAACGUAAACUCUGUACCUACAAUCACAUGCAAUGAAAAAGAAAUAUGUGGAAUAAAAGCGAUCAGAAGCGUAGGCUACAUUUGGAGAGGAUGCAUUGAGAGUCCAUUAUACAAUUAUUGGAUCACUUAUUGCGAUUUUGAUUUAUGCAACUACGACGAAUUGGUUUCUGUUUAUGACACUGAUUAA